CUUUUGCUUCACACGAUCCCCGCUUUCCUUUUCAUCAGUAAAUAUGGCUGCUCCCAGGGAAGUUAUGCUCAAGUCGGCAGUUUCGUUUCUGUCCGAUCCAAAGGUGCAGUCUGCUCCGUUGGCCAAGAAAGUCGCCUUCUUGGAAAGCAAAGGCUUGACAGCAGAAGAGAUUGAGGAAGCAAUGUCAAGAGCCAACGGUAAAUCCACGGAAGCUACCACUGUUGCCGCACCCGGUGCCGUCGCAUACCCUGGUGGAGGCGUUGUCAUGCAGGCUCCUCCUCCUGUUCCAGCAAGAGCAAGUUACGAUUGGCGAGAUGUCUUUAUUGCCGCCGUCAUGGCUGGAGGUGUCGGUUACGGUGUAUGGCAUUUGGCAAAGAGAUUGUUUGGUCCUUUGUUCAAGGUACCAUCCAGUGAAGAUCUCGAAGUCGAGCAGAAGCGAUUGGAUGAGCAAUUCCAAGCAGUGGAAGACUCUCUCAAGGAGAUCCAAGAGCAAACCAGCACUGCUCUCACCAACGUCUCUGCACAAUCUGAAAAGGUCAACGACACACUGAGCACUCUGCAGGAGACUCUUAAGAAGCUUGAAGAAAGCGAUAAUAAUAAGGAUGAGGAAUUCAAAUCCAUCAAAGAAGAUGUUGAGGUCAUCAAGGGAUUAAUACCCAAGAUGCUGGAUCGUAACAAGGAUGCCCAAGCGACUAUUUUGAAUGAUUUGCAAACAGAAGUCAAAUCUCUCAAGUCACUUCUCCUCAGCCGUCGACCUGCCACCGCAUUGUUGGAUGGCGCUGCUUCUAGCUCUCCCUCUGUCACCUCACCUCCUGCUGCUGAAACCAAUGGUAUUUCACCAAGACUUUCGGCUACCUUUAAUUCCUCUGCUCGCCCCGGCAUUCCCAGUUGGCAAAUUGCUUCGAAGACUGCCCCAGCAGCUACCGAAAAUAAACCAACCGGUAGCAGCGAAAAACAACCUGCUGCAGACGAAUCUUCAGAAAUUGCCGCUGACUCCAAAGCAGAGGUGAAGGAACAGUAAAUCGGAGUGCGAGAAAUUGUACAGUAGAAAACUUUUCGUGUAUUUAAUGUUGGUUAUCAUUCUUCUUCUUCCUCACGUUCGUGCUUGUGCCUGAAUCAGUAAAAAGACGCAAUUUAUAAUAUAUCCAGUUCCCCAAAUGAAACGAGAAAAUUAUUGGACGGG